CAAGCAACCAUCUCCACAUUAGUCCACGAGGUGGCAGUAAAGUUAAUGACUGGUGUUGACGUGUGCUGAAAGGUAGGAAGAAGAAGAAGAAGAGAAGGGAGCAAGGCAAACGAAACUGUACGCAUUUCCAAGUUAUUUGGAAGCCAUGUCAAAAAGAAAAGUAAGGUUUGAGGAAGGGAUCGGAGAGUGUGAUCUGGAAGACGACCCCCCUAAUAAAAAGCCGAACUGUGAGGCUGUCAGUGGACCGGGUUCCAGAUUCAAGGGUAAACAUUCUCUUGACAGCGAUGAGGAGGAUGAAGGUGAAGACAACAACAGCAGCAAAUACGACAUUCUGGCCAGCGAUGAUGUAGAAGGACAAGAGGAUGCAACUGUCAACUACGAUGAGGGAGUUUCUAUCACUCCUUUCAACCUGGAUGAGGAGAUGGAGGAAGGACACUUUGAUGCAGAGGGAAACUAUUUUAUCAAGAAGGACAAAGAGAUUAAAGACAAUUGGCUUGACAAUAUUGACUGGGUGAAAAUUAAAGAGCAGCCUAUCAAAAAGAAGAAGAAAGGUCUCGCAGCCAAACGCUCACGUAGAGCUGGUGAUGAAGAUGAGGCAGAGGAGGAGAAACAGAGAGAAGAAAAGCAGGCAGAUGAAGAUGAUGAGGUUGAGGAGGAAGAAGAGGAGGAGCCUGCGGAGGAUCCAUUGGCUUCCUAUACUAAGCAACAGCUGAUUGAAGCUAUGGUUGAACUGAUGCUUCCUGGGGAGACGGUCGCUGCAGCGCUCCGACGGCUAGGGGGUCUUGGGAGAAGGAAGAAAGGAAAGCUGAGGGGGGAGAGUGAACCCACAGAGGAGGCUAAACGGGACACAGAAAAGCUUGAUAAGCUCACAGCACUAGCUGACAGACUGGUCGGUGCUGGAAUGUUUGAAAUCUAUCAGCACACCUAUGAGAAACUGUCCUAUUUGCUCAAAGGCACAGGCAGCAAGAAACCAGCUGUGGGGCAGAACGGGGACGAUGAUGAGGAAGAAGAUGAACUUGAUAUGUUUGCAGAUAAAUUUGACGAGACCCAUGCUGGGAAAUCGGGGGAUAAAAAGGACGACAAAGAAGACAUAGGAGUGAGUGAAGAAGUCUUGUGGGAAUACAAAUGGGAAAACAAUGACAGUUCAGAAAUAUACGGCCCCUUCACCAGUCAGCAGAUGCAGGUAUGAUAUCUGGAUCGUACUGACUCAAGAUUAACACAGGAACAUUGCAAAUAAUUGGGUGGACGACGGCUAUUUCAGCAGCGGUGUUUAUUGCAAGAGGGUCGACCAGGAAGGAUCUCAGUUCUACAACUCAAAGAGACUUGACUUCGAUCUCUACACGUGAUCCAGACUUUUUACUCACAGAUCUAUCUGUAACUAAAGCAUCUGUACUUUGUUUUUAAAUAAAUAAGUGAUGUAC